AUGAAGUCCACCCUCUUUACUCUCUUCGCCCUCGCCGGCAGCGCCCUCGCCCUCCCCCAGAUCUCCACUGAGCCCACCGGCCAACCCAACCCCCGCGACGUGCAGUUCGAUGCCUCCAAGAUGAUCAUCUUUGGCGACGGCUGCCCGACGGGCUCCGUCAAGUUCGCCGCGUCCACCGACAAGACGAAAAUCCAGUUGAUUUUCGAGAAGUUCUUCGCGCUGUCGGGGCCGGGGAAGGGGCCCGAGGACUGGCGGAAGGCGUGCACGCUGUCGGUGCCGCUGGUCAUCCCGCAGGGGCUGUCGUAUUCGAUUGUGAGCUCGAUCUAUCGUGGGAGUGGGCAUCUGGAGAAGGGGCAGACUGGGAAGUGCUCGACCACGUAUUGGUUCACGGGAGAGCGUGGUAGGCAGGUCCGGACGUCCGUCUCCAUUCCCACGGGUCCGAAAGACGAAGACUACGACUUCUAUUGGGACAAAGUCGACGAAUCCGACGUCGUCGCAUGGUCUCCCUGCGGCCAAACGUCGUCCAUCCUGAACAUGAUGACAGACCUCAACUUGCUCGGCAACCGGAAUAAGCCUGGACGAAUCACGAUCGAUGCUCAAGAUCUAGCCAGCGACACCCAGUACUCGCAGGAGAUUCACAUCCAGUGGAGGAACUGCCCCAAGAACUACUAG